UCCCGAGGUCGUUUGGCAGCGAUUCGUCAUGGCAGGGUACCGGUCGCUAGCGUCGCAGUUGUUCGACCAGACGAAGCAGCCGCCAGGGUCAAUCGCUGAGGAAGAUGCGAUGUUGUCGCUGAACCAGCGUCUUGAGAUGGACCCUGACCUUGAAGACAUGGAUGACAUCAACUUCGUCAAGGACGCAUCGGACGCUGAGAAGCAGGUGCUUGUCAUGUCCGAGACAAUCGAUCUGUUGCGGCGGCACCUCGAGAGCCAGCGCAAGGAGCUUCAAGCGGCCUAUAAGACCCUUCGCGAGUACGAAGAAAAGAAGAACGACGAGCAUGUCAAGGCGCUCGAGAACCAGUCGGCCCACACGAACUUCGAGAAGGAUCUCCGCGACUUGCGCUUCAACCUCGAGCUCAAGCAUGUCGCAUUGCAUGAAGCGACGGUCGAGAAGGAGCAAGUAUUGCUAGAGCUGCAAAAGUACAAAAACUUGACGAGGGAGCUCAGCGACAAACUGGACCGCCUCUCGAACGUGCAGAGCAUGUACCACAUGUCCCUAAAUCAAGCGUCCGUGUCGUCGUCUGCGCACUCGAUGCAGAGCAAUGUGGCAUAUGUCCCCAAGAGCGAGCGCUUCGACACGGCGGCACCAAUCGGCAGUGGCAGCGACUUUUGGAAGCACCAGUGGAAGGAGGCGAUGAAGGCACGCAAGACAGCGCCGAUUCGGACGGCGACAAUUCCACAGUACCAACAUGCAUCUGCCGAACCUUUGAAGGCUCCGUCGAUGAAGAUUUUUUCGUCGCCGCCUCAUGGAAAACGAGGGUACACGGAUCGAGAUGAGCGUGUCCCCGUCCACCGGUUCAUCGGUCUCAACAGCCGACAAAGUCAACUCGUCAAGGAGUGCUACAAAGUCGUAGGCAACAAGUCGUAGGGGAGCAUGUUAGGCCACUUAGCAAUGCGUACACGCAUGUCGGAAAAGCAACCAUGCAGUUCACGAACCAUAUUCUGGACAAUAUGGUCGAGUACUUCCACUGUUUCAAUCGUGCAGCGCGUCCUGGGGGUGCAUCCAUCGCUCCCUUUGUCUCGCCCAACUUUUGCUGUCAUCGCGAGUCGGGCGUCCCGUUUAUAGAUGUGUAAAAAAACGACCAUUUUAAUUCCAAUUUGAU